AUGAAUGACGAUGGCUGCUGUCGUAUUUCUGUUAUCAAGGCUAUUUUAUAUGCCUACCAAUUUGUGUUCUUGUUAACUGGUGUAGCCAUAAUCGUUGUGGGAGUAUGGAAAUAUCUGGAAACCCACCAUUACUUUACUGUGGCUGAUCUGAAUUUAUAUUCCGCCAUUUUAUAUUUAUUUAUUAUUACGGGUUGUCUAGUCAUUUGUGCCUUCAUAUUUGGAUUCUGUGCCAUACCAAAGAAUAGGACUAAGCUUAUAUUUGUUUUUAUUUUAGUGCUGGUAUUCAUAUUCCUUCUAGAGUCGCUGGUAGCAAUUUUGGCCUAUUUCUACCAACACAGCGUAAACGAAGACGUUACAUUACGACUAAAUUCCUCAUUCUUGGAAAACUACAAUCGAAAUUCGAAAACUGAUUCUGUGGAUUUUAUUCAGGAAAAUCUUCAUUGUUGUGGUGCCCAAUCAUUCUCCGAUUGGCAAUACAGCAGAUGGAUAAAAGGUUCUCCAGGAAUCAUGAACAAAGUGCCAGAUUCCUGCUGCAAAACGCCUACUUUUCUUUGCGGAAAGAGAGACCAUCCAUCAAAUAUAUUCUAUGCGGGUUGCGAAGAUAAAAUAACAAUCAUCCUCAAACUCGGUCUCUGGAUAAUCUGUGCAGUUUCCUUAGGAGUCAGUGUACUGCAAGUAGUAGGGGUAGUUUGCAGCAUCAAAUUAUUUCUCAAACUAGAAGCCGAAGAUAAAAAUUACACUCCUCGUUCCAACGGCAACGAAUCGCUGAUACCUCCCUAA